UGCAGGCCUCGCCGUGGGACACCACCGGCCUUCCUCUGCCCUCGGCGGGGCCUGUCCCUUCCCGUACCGGCGGGUGCGGGCCGGGGACCGGGCCCUGGCCGAGCAGGGCGCCGCUUUCCCCUGCGCGAGGUUGCGGAACGGAUGCGCGGGGCCGAAGGAGCGGGCGGAUCACGGCCAGGGACGGUGUUUGGGCGGUGCACGGCGGCCCCUCCUUUCGCGCCUUCACCCGCGGCCCUCGGCGGCCGCCUCAGGCACGGGCCGCAGUCGUUGGUGCCGGGCCCUGCCAGGGUGAAGCGGGACCCCGGGAGCCCACAUGUUGGUGGUGGCCGGAGGUGGCCCGGAGCCUCCAGCAUGGAGCAGGGUCCCCAGGGCACUUUCCAAGAGAAGCUGCAGUGGUGCAUUUCACAGCUGGAGGUAAAUCUUCACCUCAGCCCAACCCCCAAACAAGCAGAGGAGACCCAGUGCAUUCUCAAGGUCCUGUGCUCCCCUGACACCCCUUUUGUGAAUAAGCAAGAAGCAAUGAACCACGUGUUUGAGAAUUAUUACCUCAAAAUGGCUGACAAUCAGAUGUGCAUGGACAAAGCAGACAUGAAACCUGGUGAUGUGGAAGUACAGCAGAGCAGUGGGCAGGCUUCAGAUGGUGUGGUGCAUGGGGAACAAUCUGACCAAAUCUCCAAGGCAAAGCCAAAGUGGUUCAUGUUGUCUGACAACAGCUUCCGAUUUGAUUUUACACUUUCUGACAGCGACCCAGAAGCAACUGGCACACCUUUGGAAACAGUCCUUGAUGUCAGUGGUGAUGAGCAGAUACAAACCAGUGUUGGAGCCACUGAGCAGGAGAACUGUAAUGGAGUCUUGAGUUUUGCUGCCUCUGGACAAGAACCCAAGUUUGCUUUCAACUUUGCCAUCGCAGAUGAAGACUGUUCUCUGAGUCAGUUAGUUCCAGCAAACCAACAGACAGACUGUACAGCAGGUCAUGAGGAGCAGGGUAAUUCUCUGCUUGCUGAAUCAGGAGGUAUGCUACAGACCACAGCCUUGCAGAAGCCUGAAUUGACUCAAACUACAGGUAGUUCACCCAAUGAGGAUAGAAGCCAUGUCACAUUAAAGAUCCCCCAGUCAGAGACUGCUCCUGGAGAUGAGACAGUGGCAGAGAAAUCAGCAGAUGGAGCUGCCCAGAAGAAAAAGAAAAAGAAACAAAAAACAUCUGUCAGUAAAAAGGAAACAAAAGAAACUGAGAUCAACAGGAGGGCAACAGCAGAAGCUAGCAGAUGUCCAAAUGCAGGUAUUUCCCACCAGGAUGAGACCUCUCAGCAGUCCGGGAACCAGCUGUGGAAGGAGGUGGACUGGUGUGUGGAACAGCUGGAACUUGGCCUGAAGACACAGAAAUCCACUCCAAAGCAGGUCGAUGAGGCUCUCCGUGCAAUCAAGACAUUGCGUAGUGAGAAGGCUCCACUGGUGAAGAAGCGUCAACUCAUGAGAACCAUGUUUGGAGACUACAGAAAGAAGAUGGAGGAGGAGCUGUGCAAAGAGCUGAAGCUCAUGGAAGCAGCUGUGAAAUCUGCCAAAGUUGUGGAAGUGAAGAGAAACAUCUGCAAGAAGAAAGGCCAGUUCAUCCGCAAGUGCUCAGAAGCUUGCAGGAAAAGCCAAGAUUCAGCAGGAUGCCUUUCAGGGUCACCCAGGACACUUAACAAAGGCCCAUUCAAAUUCACACCUUCGCAAGAAGAGUUUCGCUUUAAUUUUUUGUAAAGACUAAAACUAUGGCUGAAACCUGUGCCAUAUAUCCUGUAAACCUAAGAAUGAUGGAAAGAUGCUGUGCAGUAGGAAAUGUUACCCAAAAAACUCAGUCUUUUCUAAAGUGAGGUUCCUCUUUCAGAAGAAGAUUAAGCUUCUGUGAAGAUUCAGCACAGAAGCAUCCAGCUAUAAUGGAUAGUUGGAUGCGUCCACUCCAUGUGAGUCAAUGCAGCCUCUGGUAUCCAGAAAGCCCUGGGCAGUAUGUGUCAUCACUGCAACCUAGAGUAGGAUUUCAGGGUCUUGGAGGAAAAUGAGUGAGAAUUGGCCUUGCUCAUUCAUCUAUUCAGUGGAACAGGUAUAGACUCUGAAGACAAUUGCAAAUGCUGCUUUAAUCUAGUUUAGGGAUGAAAGGACAGUUGUUUCCAGACAGGGAUAGAUUUUUUGUUGCUGAAGCCAGGUACUGGCCAGCUGGGAAUGGUGUACAAUCGGCUCUUAAAAAACAAGUUUACUGUAUAAGUAGCCCAGUUACAAUCACCACUGACUCAGAGGCUGAAUCAGCUGCAUGCCAAAGCUUGGGUAGUGGUGAAAUGAACUGAGAAAGUGCACUGACUCUUCUGCGUUGGAUUUGUAUUAAAUUUUUGCUACCUGAGCGGUUAAAUGUGUCUCUCCACACAGUGGAGUUUAAGUGUUUCAAUACUACAACCCAUCUCCUGUGUUUAUGCAGAAAAUCUUCCUCUUUAAGCUUAAAAAUCUGAAGGAACAGAAGUCCUUUAAAAGGAAAGAUGGUAUCAGGUGUCCUUGGGUGCAGUGCUCUCCUUCCUUUUUAUAGUCCAGUCAUCCUGCCUGAGAGGCGAGAAAAGGGAGUGUAGGCAGGUUUCAGGGUGUACUGGGAGCAGCUGAGAUGGUGGAAAACAUUUGCUAGGAAAGGCUUCAAAAAACCUUAUGUUGGCUACAAAAAAAAAACCAAAACUACUAAUCUGAUACAGUUGGUUCCAUCUGUGAUAUUUUUUGUUUGUUUUAAAGAAUGCUUGUCUAGCAGAAGGGGAAACAGCCUGGGUAACAUACCUGAUGAGGAAAAAUAUGCAGAGAAAACUUUUAAGUCUUCUGGAAAUCAGUAGGUGAGCAAAUUAAUUCUUUUGCUUGCCGAGGAACACUGCUGGGACUCUGACUGUAUGGAACAACAAUAUACUAUUUUUUUUUUUUAUUACCAGGGCCUUAUAUUAAGCAUGCAGAAACUGUGUCAUCAAACUUUUUGUGUUUUCAUGCCAUUUAGUAAGAUUAAAAAGCCUCUUGUACAUGA